GGCAGCGGAGGAGGCGAGGAGCGCCGGGUACCGGGCCGGGGGAGCCGCGGGCUCUCGGGGAAGAGACGGAUGAUGAACAAGCUUUACAUCGGGAACCUGAGCCCCGCCGUCACUGCCGACGACCUCCGGCAGCUCUUCGGGGACAGGAAACUACCCCUGGCGGGACAGGUCCUGCUCAAGUCUGGCUACGCCUUCGUGGACUACCCCGACCAGAACUGGGCCAUCCGCGCCAUCGAGACCCUCUCGGGUAAAGUGGAAUUGCAUGGGAAAAUCAUGGAAGUUGAUUACUCAGUCUCUAAAAAGCUAAGGAGCAGGAAAAUUCAGAUUCGAAACAUCCCUCCUCACCUGCAGUGGGAGGUAUUGGAUGGACUUUUGGCUCAGUAUGGGACAGUGGAGAAUGUGGAACAAGUCAACACAGACACAGAAACUGCUGUCGUCAACGUCACCUAUGCAACAAGAGAAGAAGCAAAAAUAGCCAUCGAGAAGCUAAGUGGGCAUCAGUUUGAGAACUACUCCUUCAAGAUUUCCUACAUCCCGGAUGAAGAGGUGAGCUCCCCUUCACCCCCUCAGCGAGCCCAGCGUGGGGACCACUCUUCCCGGGAGCAAGGCCACGCCCCUGGGGCCUCUUCUCAGGCCAGACAGAUUGAUUUCCCGCUGCGGAUCCUGGUCCCCACCCAGUUUGUUGGUGCCAUCAUCGGAAAGGAGGGCUUGACCAUAAAGAACAUCACUAAGCAGACCCAGUCCCGGGUAGACAUCCAUAGAAAAGAGAACUCUGGGGCUGCAGAGAAGCCUGUCACCAUUCAUGCCACCCCAGAGGGGACUUCUGAAGCAUGCCGCAUGAUUCUUGAAAUCAUGCAGAAAGAGGCUGAUGAGACCAAACUAGCCGAAGAGAUUCCUCUGAAAAUCUUGGCCCACAAUGGCUUGGUUGGAAGACUGAUUGGCAAAGAAGGCAGAAAUUUGAAGAAAAUUGAACACGAGACAGGGACCAAGAUAACAAUCUCAUCUUUGCAGGAUUUGAGCAUAUACAACCCUGAGAGAACCAUCACGGUGAAGGGCACAGUGGAAGCCUGUGCUAAUGCUGAGAUAGAGAUUAUGAAGAAGCUACGUGAGGCCUUUGAAAAUGACUUGCUGGCGGUUAAUCAACAAGCCAAUCUGAUCCCAGGGUUGAACCUCAGUGCACUUGGCAUCUUUUCAACAGGACUGUCCGUGCUGCCUCCGCCAGCUGGGCCCCGUGGAGCCCCACCUGCUACCCCCUACCACCCUUUUGCUGUCAAGGAAGUCUGUGCACCUCCUUAUAGCUGGCUCAUACACACCGGUUGGUCUCUUAAAUCCUGGAAUUUUUCAGAUAUAUGUACCCACUCCGGCUACUUUUCCAGCCUAUAUCCCCAUCACCAGUUCGGUCCCUUCCCGCAUCAUCAUGCCUAUCCAGAGCAGGAGAUUGUGAAUCUUUUCAUACCAACCCAGGCUGUGGGUGCCAUCAUUGGGAAGAAAGGGGCACACAUCAAACAGCUGGCUCGAUUUGCUGGAGCCUCUAUCAAG